AUGUCUAGUCAGGAAACAGAGUGCGAGCGAGGGGCCUGGUCACUGGCCUGUGCCACGGAAGAGGAGUGGCACAGCCUGGCGGAGAGCAUAAAAGAGAAAAAUACUUCUAAAGACAGGCAGCUGUACAAACUGAUAAGUGAAAACUUCCUCCCAGAAAUCAGCAGCAUGAUUGCAUACAAGGAGAAGCAGCGCCAAGAGAGGCUGUCUCAGAUGACCCCCGUAAGGAGUUCAGAACGGCUGGUUGUCAAGCGCAUCUUGCUGGAGGAGGAGGAGACCAUGGUGGCCAUCGCGGAGGUGGAGGAGCAGAAGCGCAGGGACGAGGAGAUGGAUCGGCAGCUGGUGCUGGCGGUCCAGAGGAGAGAGCAGGAGAAGCUGCAAGAGGAGGAGAGGAGGCAGGAGAUGGAGGAGAAAGUCAAGGCUGUUGAAGAGCGUGCGAGGAGAAGGAAGAUGAGAGAGGAGAAAGCCUGGUUAUUGUCCCAGGGGAAGGAGCUGCCCCCAGAGCUACUCAAUCUGGAUCCCCACUCGCCUGUCAGGAGAGCAGGGAGAACCCGACACAUAUUGGAGCUGGAUGAGGAUUACACUGCUCUGUACAAAGUUUUAGAUGCUCUGAAGGCGCACAGAGAUUCUUGGCCCUUUAUGGAACCUGUGGACGAGUCAUACGCCCCGAAUUACAAUGAGAUCAUUGAGACUCCUAUGGACCUGUCCACCAUUGAAAAAAAGCUUAACGAAGGCCUUUAUAUCUCUAAGGAGGCGUUUGUGACGGAUGUGAAGAUCAUGUUUGAAAACUGCCAGGAAUACAAUGGAGAAGACAGUGAGUACACAAAGAUGGCGGAGGCCCUGGAGGGCUGCUUCAACAAGGCCCUGCUGAAGCACUUCCCCUUGGAGGAGGCAGACACGGACGAGGAGUUCAGGGUGCACUCCGAGGAGCGGGACAGGAAGGAGCGCCGGAGGAGCCGGCUGCAGCGCCAGGGGGGCCAGGAGACUCACCCCAAGGUGAUGGACCAGGCUCUCCGCAGCAAGAAGCCCCCCGGCAAAGCCCAGGACCACCGCCUCACCCCUCCCCCUCCUGCCUGGAUGAACGGGCCGCCAAAUAACCAGGGUUUCCCCCACACCCCACCCUACCCCGGGGGCCCGUCAGCAGUGCUGGCAGCCUCGCCCAUUUACCGGCUGCCACACACAAUGCAGAGAUCCCCAGCCCCAGGAAUGUUAGGACCUCGUCUCAGUUUGGAUCAGCGCUUCCCAUUCCAUCCGCAGAGACUGCUGGAGCCCGAGCAUGAGCACGAGCGACUACCUCAGCACUUUGCCGUACAGCCCUCCGCUGGAAUGAACGAGCCCAGUGGACCCAGGCUAAUGGGACCUGAAUUCAAGCAGCAACAGUCUCCUUAUGUUGCCUCAACCCACAGCCCUUCGCUGGGUUCCCGUCCUACUGCACUGCAGUCAGGGGGCCUGUGCACCCCUCCUCCAGAGGCCAGCAUGUACCCCUCCCAGCAGUACCAACCUGGCUACAUCCCGCUCCGGUCUGAAAGCAUGCUCAGACACCCUAGGGGAGUUGCUUCUUCCAGUGCCGUCCCGCCAGGCCCCAUGUAUGCCCAUUUCCGACACCCGAAUGGCGCCCAGCCGCCCAUGUGGUCAGGAAUGAACGGUGUAUCCCAAGAGAGACUGGCAGCCCCUGCAGGAGGAGGGGAGCCCGAUCCCAGCGAUGCACCCCUAAUUCAAAUCCCACCUCAACAAAACUCCUUCAACCCCAUGAUGGAGCCCAGUGUGAUCAGGCCGCCGGGGUUGCUGAAGCAGUGGCCCGACCAGCAGCCCGGCUACCUACCUCUCAGCAGCCAGCCUGGGAUUUACUACAGACGCACUGCUGGGAUCAGCCCUCAGGGUCCCAACGCUCAGAGGAUUCUGCCUCAGCCAGCUUCCUACCUGAGACACCCCGCUCCGCCGCCUCCUCCUCCUGCUCCUCGGGAGCACAGGGUGCACUUGGGCUCCAUGCUGGACAGCCCUGAAAUGAUUGCCCUGCAGCAGCUGUCUGCUUCCUCCCGGCCUCUAGGGGGCCCCCCUCUACUACCAAUCCCACAGCACCCAGGGCCCUUCCAACAGCCACAUCAGGGUCACCCUGCCCAGCCGCAAGCUCCCCCUCCCGAAAUACAUCAGCUGAAACCAGCUAGAGAGAGCCUGGUGGAGGCACCUACCUUCGAAGAUGUGUUCAUGAAAGGAAUGCCACCAAGUGAGCCUAAAUUGUCUGACCCCAUCCAGAACCCCAGAGCUGGUCCCAUCCGAAUGGAAACGGACAGGAAGGCUCCCAUGUGUCCUGAAGAACCCCCACAAAGGCUGGAUCCCCCCGCUCCUGAGGGGGACAGUGAACCCCAGCAUAGCCUUCUACAGCCAGUACAGAACCAAGCAGGGCAGCGGGACAGCAUCGCCCAGGAGGGAAAAGAGACUGAAGAGAGAGAGAGCGAGGGAGCGGUAAACCAGCCAAACAUGAACAAGAACAAAGCAGAUCACACCAGAGACUCCACUGCUAAAACAGAGAAACUGGAACCCACCUCUGAAAGCCAGAAGCAUGCGAUGGCCGACUGUGUCCCUAAACGUCCUGAAAAUGCAGGGAUCAUGUAUCCUAACGGAGAUGUCAAAGAUCAAGGCUUGAGUGUUCCAGCAGAGAGUCAAGUGAUGAGCAACAGAGGACCAGGGCCUCAGAACUCUGCAGAUUUGCCCUAUGGAUAUAUCCAGGAGAAUGUAUCCCAAGGCCAUUAUAACCUCAACAGUCCCAGGCAUGGCAUGUAUGGCCUGCCAGUGGGUCAGCCAAUGCAGGUUCCCAAUCGACAACCAUUCCCUGGUCAGAGUGUCCCUCAGAAUCUACCUCCUCCGUGUGGUCCGCGGGCCUAUCCCCAGUUCCACCACCAGGGGGCUGCCUAUCCUUACCACAUGGCUUCUCAGAACCAAGGCUCCCCCAACAUGUUCCACCAGUACCGCCAGCCCCAUUACUACCCACACCCCCAGGGCAGCAGCGGUGGCGGCUUCCCAGCUGAAGAUUGGCAGAGACCUUCAUAUCACCCUCGCCAUCUCACGACCCAAACUACUUACAUGCCUUCCCCCAACACAAACGGGAAUGGGCGACUACGAGAGAACAGCAUCUCUCCGCAUGGCUCCGAGAGUUCAACUGGCAGCCUCAUCUCCCCGAACCCGAUACCAGAAGGAACAAGGAGCAGCUCUGUGGAAAACAGGAAUCUACCAAGCCCCAUGAAACCAAGCGGUUUAGGAGAGCAGCAGGACAGGCCAGAGAGCCCCAAAGAGAUUCUGGACCUGGACAGCCAUAACGCAGCCGCCAGGAGACGUAGUACCCAACCCCCAGCCCCCGGGUUCAUGUAUGACCCUCGUGCAAUGCAUCCAGGGAUGGUUGGCAGUGGUGGUGGUCCUCCACGCAUGAUAGCACAUCUGGCUUCUUAUGCCCCCCGCCCAUUUACCCACAGUCCGUACCCAGCACAGAGGCCACACCACCCUAUGAUACACGCCAUGCAGCACGCUGGCCAUGUGGCCUUUCCCCAGGGACAGCCAAGAAUGCCUAUGUAUGGGCACCCGGAUGAACGAAUUGGCCACUACCAAGGCAUGAUGAUUCAGCAAAGAACAAUGGGGUCAAUGCAAGAGCAAUACCUACACCCUGGGUAA